CAAGGUUACGGUGUGGUUGGUGGCCUCCAUAUGACAGGCUGUCUUCUCCUCCCGCACUCGUUCCAUUGACUGCUGCCAUUCGUCAAUGGCAGUUAUCCGCCGCCCUAUGCUUAUUCCGACCACACUUCCCUCCUCUGCGUCUCUCCAGCACCAUCGCAGGAUAUCAUGACCCAAUCCGGCCCCCGACUCCCGGAGGCAGCGCCGCAAUCCGCAGCAAUGGCAAAGUUGCCCCAUUCGGCCCAUCCAGAGCCUCAAGCCCCUCCGCCAUGACCCCACUAUGACGAAAAACAUAAAGGGACCACGGCGUUGCCUUCCAAAUCUCGAGCACGCGGAAAUCUGGACUCAGGACGAGCUUUGUUUCAUCUUCUUUCACUCUAUCCCCUUCACUCCUUUCCUGUCUCUUCGACUACUUCCAUCCACGACCACUCACAAUGUCCUCCACCGAAGGCAAAACAAUCACCUGCAAGGCCGCUGUGGCCUGGGAGGCCGGCAAGGACCUCGUCAUUGAGGAUGUCGAGGUCGCGCCGCCCAAGGCCCACGAGGUCCGCAUCCAGGUCUUCUACACUGGUGUCUGCCAUACCGAUGCCUACAUGCUGAGCGGCAAGGACCCCGAGGGCGCCUUUCCCGUCAUUGCGGGGCACGAAGGUGCUGGCAUUGUGGAGAGCGUGGGCGAAGGCGUUACCAGUGUCAAGAAGGGGGAUACUGUUGUUGCUCUAUACACCCCCGAGUGCAAGGAGUGCAAGUUCUGCAAAUCCGGCAAGACGAACCUGUGCGGCAAAAUCCGCGCCACGCAGGGCAAAGGCGUGAUGCCCGACGGCACGUCGCGCUUCAAGUGCAAGGGCAAAGACCUCCUGCACUUCAUGGGCACCUCCACCUUCUCGCAGUACACCGUUGUCGCCGACAUCUCCUGCGUCGCCGUCAACCCCAAGGCUCCCAUGGACCGCACCUGUCUGCUCGGCUGCGGUAUCACCACCGGCUACGGCGCGGCGACCAUCACUGCCGGCAAGAACGGUAUUGAAGAGGGAGCGAACGUGGCUGUCUUUGGUGGCGGCUGUGUUGGUCUCAGUGUCAUCCAGGGCGCCAAGGCGAGGAAGGCGGCGAAGAUUAUCUUGGUUGAUGUCAACCCGGAAAAGAAAGUGUGGGGUGAGAAGUUUGGUGCUACGGACUUUGUGAAUCCCAGCAAGGAUCUCAAGGAGGGGGAGAAUAUCCAGACGAGGCUGCAGGAUAUGACCGACGGUGGGUGCGACUACACCUUUGACUGCACGGGCAAUGUGCAUGUUAUGAGGUCUGCGCUGGAGGCUUGCCACAAGGGUUGGGGCGAGAGCAUCGUCAUUGGUGUUGCGGCGGCUGGACAGGAGAUUUCCACUCGACCAUUCCAACUCGUCACCGGCCGUGUGUGGAAGGGCUGUGCCUUUGGCGGCGUCAAGGGUCGCUCGCAAAUGGGCGAGCUGAUCGAGGACUACGAGGCCGGCAAGCUGAAGGUCGACGAGUUCAUCACGCAUCGCCAGAACCUGUCGGGUAUCAACCAGGCCUUCCACGACAUGCACGACGGCAACUGCAUUCGGUGCGUGGUGGAUAUGAGGAAGGAGUAAGCGGUAUCAGGACAACAUGAGUGUUUAGGAGAAACGGCCUUGGUGGAGACGGAAAAGGAACAAAUUGACGAGUGUGAACUGUAGCAUCUUCAUGUCUUUAGCGUCAACAGUAUGCGAAUGAGGCUGAAGCAGAGUUCGUGGCGCUCUUCUCCACUGCCGGGAACCCCCCGGAGCUUCAUUCUCAUCGUGCAAGACCAGAAUGUAGUCGAAGCUAUUGAGCGGACCGGAGCAUCGGCUGAUCGCUUACUGUGCCUGCCCGCUGCUGCAUGCGUAAUGGGGUCCCCGGCGCAACAUCGUGAAGUGUAUGUACUUGCCUAUUACGGCGAUGCGCGGAAGGCCGCG